UCCAUGGAGGGGCAGCCCAUAUGCCUAUAUUCAACGAAAUGCUGAUAGACAAUGGAUUUGAACAGAUUGGCAUGUGUUCGCUUGUGGUAUUAAAUCGUAUUGAUGGCGAUAUUAGUGCCGGUGAAUAUGAACGUUUUCGCCGAGUUGAGAAAAGGUAUCAUCGAGUGGUUCAGUCAGCUUGGGGGUUGGCGGCCGCUGGGACACUGAUGCUCAUGCGCGGGAUGGUAAUUGUGGAGUACCGGAAGGAUUAG